UCAGGGUAAAAAAUGUUGUCCUUCAAAUAAAGGGCAGAGAUUUUACCAUCUCAUUUUCAAACUCCUCAACUCUUUCAACAUUCAAGUGUUCUUCUCUCUAACUUCCCCCACUUCAAUCUCUCUCAUUUUCUCUCUCCACUUCCUACUCCCAUGGCUUCUCUUCCCAUCAGGCCUUCUCAGCAGCAAGCAUUGAAUGUAACUCCUCUCAACAGCAUGCCCUACAUUGAUCCUAUCUCAUCACGUGGUAAUGAUAUUGCAUUUCGACCUCAAGGAGACACGGAGCCUGUGGAAGCUGCUAAGCCAGCUUUGAUAUAUUUGCCCUCUCAACCUACUGAGGAGGAGUGGGGCAAUAUCUUAUCGGUUACAAGGAGCGGAAUCGGUUUGAGCGGCAGUGCAGCUGUGGGAACAAUUGGGCCAGUUUUGGGAAAGAUGGAUAUUAGUGAAAGUAAAGAUACUUACCUCUUUCGAGUGUCUCUUCCAGGUGUUGCAAGAGACGACUUCACAUGUGAUGUGGCUCCAAAUGGGCAUAUAUUGAUUAAGGGUGUUACUACAACUGGAGAGAAGACUGUUUACAAGAAUUCCUUGAAAUUCGAGAUGCAAUCUCAGAAUUUAUGCCCUCCAGGUCACUUUUCCAUCUCAUUUCGGCUGCCAGGACCUGUUGAUUCGCAAGAUCUUGCCGGCCAUUUUGGAAUCGAUGGUGUUUUUGAGGGCAUAGUGAAAAAAAAGAUACCCUCAACUUGAUGUGUUUGUAAAAUUGUAUGUACAUUAUUGAACUGUCAAACCUUAUCUAGAAGAUUAAGAUGCGCAUGGCUUCCUCUUGAUUUUUUUAAAAAUUGAUGAAAACAGAAAAAAAAUCAGCCCUUCUGCACAGAGUUUCUUCACUGCCAGACCAGAAGUUUGCAUUGAAGUCUUAUAAGCGCAACAAAAGGACACAUCGUGUUCAAUAGCACAAGGAAGGAACUUCGAAUUGACGAAAGAGUCGUAGCAUAAUUGCAAGCAUCAACUCUGGAUGUUAGCUGGUACUUCUGAAGCUGGCUUAACCUGUUGUAAUCUAUGUACUCAACUGUCAGCAUCUGUUUAAGUUAAUCUAGGAGUGUAAAAGAAUACUUGUUUCAUUGUUUCCGCAGUUAAUUGUUAGUUUCAAUUUUGCAUUAA